AUGAAGAAUAGGAGUAAUUUUAAUGGAAUCCAGAUUCUAACAAAUGACAUGGGAACUCAACUAGUGAUAGAGGAUGAUAUAGAAGCAGAAAUAUUGGGAUAUUAUAAGAAAUUGCUGGGGCCAAGAGCAGACAACAUUCCAGCCAUUAACCCAAAUGUCAUGAAACUGGGAGCAGUAUUAAAUAUAGAUCAGCAGUUACAGCUUAUCAAGCCAGUGACUAAGGAAGAAGAAUGGGAAGCAUUGAAGGAAAUCGGUGAUUUAAAAGCCCUAGGAUAUGAUGGUUUUAAUGUAGUGUUUUUCAAGAAAUCCUGGCAAAUUAUAGGAGAGAAUGUGACACAGGCUGUAUUGGAAUUCUUUGAAACAACUCAAAUGUAUAGACCUAUCAACUGUACAGCUAUUACCUUAGUUCCUAAAGUCAGGAAUCCUGCUAGCAUUAAAGAUACACAGUCUGCAUUUGUUCCUGGCAGAGUAAUCACAGAUAACAUCAUCCUUAGCCAUGAACUUGUGAAAGGAUAUGGAAGGAAAGGGGUACAGAAUACUUUGGCUUUCCCAGAGCAAUUUGUGAGGUGUAUCAUGAUUUGUAUGGAGACUGUCACCUAUACAGUUCUGAUUAAUGGUGCACUGACAAAGCCAUCUGAAGCUAGGAAGGGGUUGAGACAAGGAGAUCCAAUUUCUCCAUUCAUGUUUCUACUGGCAAUGGAAUACUUGGCAAGAAGCUUAAAGACAUUAAACCAGAUCCCAGACUUCAACUACCAUCCCAAGUGGUUAUAUAGGAUAAGUCAAGUUACUAUUUCAUUGCUUCAUGGAGUUUUCAAAGGCUCUGGACUAGUGAUCAACAAAAACAAAAGUUCAAUUUUUUUUGGAGGAGUCACACAAGAUGCACAAGAGAAAAUCCUAGAGUUUCUAGGAAUUCAGAGAGGUGACCUACCAGUCAGAUACCUGGGUGCUCCUCUAAGCACUAAAAGAAUAUCAAUAGCACAAUGCCAACCUUUGAUUGAAAAAAUAGUAGGCAGAAUAACCUCAUGGACUGCUAAGUUUCUAUCUUAUGCUGGGAGGAUUCAACUGAUAAAGAGUGUUCUGUUCUCCAUCCAAACUUACUGGGCACAAAUCUUUGUACUCCCUAAAAAGAUCAAAAAGCUAAUUGAAGCAAUCUGCAGAAGCUUUCUAUGGAUAGGAGAAGGUAAUGUUUCAAAAAAGGCUCUAUUGGCAUGGGAGAAAGUCUGUCUCCCCAAAUCAGCUGGGGGAUUUAAUGUCAUGAACAUAAGUAUCUGGAACAAAGAUGCCAUACGUAAACAGUACUGGAACCUUUGCAAAGAAAAGAAGAAGCUGUGGAUACAAUGGAUGCAUAGCUACUACAUCAAAGAUAGGAACAUAUGGGAAAUCCAACUGAAGCAAACAUCAUGGAUGGUGAGCAAGAUCAUGAAAGCAAAGGAGACAUUUAUGGAUGCAGGAUUCAGCUAUGAUGAUAUCAUAAAGAUGAACAACUGCUCGAUUAAAUUCAUGUAUCACGGACUGCGAGGAAGAUUUGAUAAAGCCCCGGUCAAAAGGGACAUCAGUACAUUUGAAUUGCACUUAUAUGUAAAGCAACUGCAAGACAGAACUAUAAAUGUUGAAACUGAUACUGAGCUGAUAACUGAGAAUUGA